UCCGCGUUACCUGGUGCCCGCGGGUGGCGGUUGGGGCCCGGCCAAUGGGGAAGAUGGCGACGCUGGCUGUGACCGCGGCCCGCGGCUGGGUGUCGGGUUCGCCUCUGGACGCGAAGAGGAGCAGAGAGAGAAUGGUCACCUCUGUCGCCGACUCGGCCGUUGCCGCGGGGACGGAAGGGAACGUAUGAGGACUGGGAAGCCGACUGUCGUAGAAAUCCUAGCUUGUGGGAAUGGUGGAGAUGAUAGCCCCACUCUUCCCUUUUGGAGAAUAAGUGUUAGAGUGAGCAUUGAACUACAAUCAGUUUCUAAUCCAGUUCACAGAAAGGAUUUAGUUAUUCGUCUGACAGAUGAUACAGAUCCAUUUUUUUUGUAUAAUCUUGUUAUAUCUGAGGAAGAUUUUCAAAGCUUAAAAUUCCAGCAAGGUCUUCUGGUAGACUUUUUAGCUUUCCCACAAAAAUUUAUAGAUCUCCUUCAGCAAUGUGUUCAAGAGCAUACCAAAGAAAUCCCAAGAUUUUUGCUACAGUUAGUUUCUCCGGCAGCUAUUUUGGAUAACUCACCUGUGUUUUUAAAUGUGGUAGAGACAAAUCCUUUUAAGCAUCUUAUACACCUCUCACUAAAACUUUUACCUGGAAAUGACAUGGAGAUAAAGAAAUUUCUAGCAGGCUGUUUGAAAUGUAGCAAGGAAGAAAAGUUAUUAUUGACACAAUCACUAGAUGAUGUUACUAGACAACUGAACCUUACAAAAAAGACAUUAUCCGAAAAAAUACAAGAAUUAGACAAGUUACGAAAUGAAUGGGCAUCACACACAGCCUCACUGACAAAUAAGCAUUCUCAGGAACUGACAAAUGAGAAGGAAAAAGCAUUACAGGCACAGGUUCAAUAUCAACAGCAACAUGAACAACAGAAAAAAGAAUUAGAAAUCCUCCAUCAGCAAAACAUCCACCAGCUACAAAACAGGGUGUCUGAGUUAGAAGCAGCUAAUAAAGAUUUAACUGAGAGGAAAUAUAAAGGAGAUUGUACUACUAGAGAACUUAAAGCAAAACUUUCUGGUGUUGAAGAGGAGCUACAGCGGACUAAGCAAGAAGUCCUUUCUUUGCGAAGAGAGAAUUCUACACUAGAUGCUGAAUGUCAUGAGAAAGAAAAGCAUAUUAAUCAGCUACAAACAAAAGUGGCAGUUUUAGAACAAGAAAUUAAGGAUAAAGACCAGCUUGUUGUAAGAACAAAAGAAGCAUUUGAUACAAUCCAGGAACAAAAGGUGGCAUUAGAAGAAAAUGGUGAGAAAAAUCAGGUACAACUAGGAAAACUUGAAGCUACAAUAAAAUCUUUAUCAGCAGAACUUCUGAAGGCAAAUGAAAUUAUUAAGAAGUUACAAGGGGAUCUGAAAACUCUGAUGGGUAAAUUGAAACUGAAGAAUACAGUUACUAUUCAGCAAGAAAAACUACUGGCUGAGAAGGAGGAAAAAUUACAAAAGGAACAAAGGGAAUUACAAGAUGUUGGACAGACUCUCCGAGCUAAAGAACAAGAGGUAUGCAAAUUACAAGAACAAUUAGAAGCCACAGUUCAAAAACUUGAAGAAAGUAAACAGCUUCUAAAGAACAAUGAAAAGUUAAUCACUUGGUUAAAUAAAGAACUAAAUGAAAACCAGCUAGUGAGAAAGCAAGAUGUAUUGGGACCUUCUACCACUCCACCUGCACAUUCCAGCAGCAACACAAUCAGAAGUGGAAUUUCUCCUAACCUGAAUGUGAUUGAUAAUAGACUUGCUUACCCAAGCUGUGGAAUUGGUUAUCCUGUGUCCUCUGCAUUUGCAUACCAGAAUACCUUUUCUCAUCCAGUACCUACUAAAAAUACCAUCCACCCAGUUUUAGGACCAAAGGUUCAGUUUAACUUGCAAUUUACAAAACCAAGUGCAUCACUAGGGGAUACUCAGUCAGGAGCAACUACUACUAUUCCAUGCUCAACCGAUAAGGAAAAUGGUGAAAAUUUAGGGUUGGAAUCCAAAUACUUGAAGAAAAGAGAAGAUAGCAUUCCUUUACGUGGUCUCAGCCAGAAUCUAUUUAGUAAUGCAGACCAUCAGAAAGAUGGCACUCUAGGAACAUUACAGACUUCUUCCAAGCCCACCGUGCUCCCCUCCACAUCUUCAGCCUAUUUCCCUGGACAGUUGUCAAGCAGUUAAUUCCAGCCGGUUUUAUGCAUGUAUUUAAAUGGUGGUUUAAAAAUAUUAACAGAAGUUGAAUCCUAGUUUGAGCUACUAUUGUUAGAUUGUUGGGAUCAUUUAUAGCACAGAUUAUAGGAACAAAUUUGUACUUGGGAAUUGAUAGUUUAAGUGAUUAUUUUUGGAUUUCUGAACAUAGUCUUUGAUAAAGUAACAGUAACACGAAUUUCAAGAGGGACUUUCAUCAAUCCUUAUAAAGGCUAUUCUGAUCAUACUGAGAAUGAGUAAACUGAAACCUGCUCAGAAAAAGGAAACCAGAGUGCUAAUAAUUCAAUUUACGUUUCGUUGGUAAAAUCCAUUUUAAACUUGCCACCUGACAAUUAUGAGGGAAAAUUACUUAUCUAAGAUUGUCUAUUUCUUGAUCUUUACAUUAAAGGGAAAAGACCUAAUACUACCUUAUGUAACUAAAAUGAGUUUACCUUUAUAACAAGUAUGAAUACUUUUUAAAAACAUAUUUAGCUACUGAGUCAAUUAACUUUUCAUAUUGUUAUACAAUAAUUUGGAGUCUUUAUAUGACCAGGUUAUAUAUAAAGUAUUUGUCAUUUGAGCUGAAGUUUGCAAGAUUUUAAUGCUUCCUGAAUAGUUUACACUCAUUUUUCUCCUUAACUUGGAACUUUAUUAGUCUCAAAGUUAAUUUUAUGUCCAUGGAAUUUUGUUUUAAAAAUUGGAACCAUAGAGAAUUUCUAGUGUAUCAUGGGUAUUCAUUGUACUUCAUUUAAUGUUUACUUAAUAAAGUAGGCAAAAGAACUAUUUCUUCCCUAUUACUAAAAAUUUUAAUUAAACAUUGUUCCUUGGGACAGAAUUAUAAAAUUCAUCCAGAUCAUAGGGCCCCAUUUUGUUAUCAACAACCAUUCAAUAUAGAGUAGCAUUAUCUUUGAGAGUCUUCUAAAUCAAUUUUUGUUUGCAAAGUGCUGAUUCUUAUUUGAUAGUUUAAAAAUUACUUUCAGAUACGUUACAUAAAUGAGGAAAAGGACAUUUCAAGAUGAUACACAAAUAUUCCUUGGUUUAUGGUAAGACAAAGAAUAUUUGUAGUUUUUUUUUAAUAAGUCUUGAAUCCUAUACUUUGAGACUGCUGGUCACUGCCAGCUAUCUUAAACUAGGAAUCUAAAUAGAAAAUUCAGUAACUAGUAUUAUGUAGUGACUUUUCUCCCCCUUACUUAAAUAUAGCAUACAAUAGUUAUAACUUGACAGCACAUAUUGUGAAGUCUUUUGGCAACAUAGAAUACUUUGCUGUAAAUACACUGUAACAUAUAUAUAUAUAUAUUUAUAUAAACAUUGACAGGGUUCAGAUGGGAUCUGACAUACUGCUAGCUCUAAAAAUUACAGUGAUGCACCACAUAGAAAGCCAAAUUUUGAAGCUAUUCUAUCAACCUGCUAGAGAUUAUUUUGUAUUAUGUAUAUAUAGACUUUUGUGUGCUCUCUGCCCCACCCCUUAAAAUUUUUAAUUGAAAUUGUUUCCCAUUGUAUAACUGUACAUGUGUUAAUAAUCGAAAUGUUGCCUUUAAUGUUAUCUCUAUAAACUGAGUUUUGUUAAUAAAGUUAUUAAAAUUACA